AUGGUACAAUUGACUUCGAGUUGCCCAAACCUGAGCACAGGACCUGCGAAUCAAUACAUCUCUCUCCUCAUGAAAUACCUUGCAUUGUCGCAAUGUUCACUUACAGCGCCAGAAUCUUGGCCACGAGAUUACGGAGAAAUUGCUAUGCGUUUCGAGGAGUACGACUUUAUUAUUGUAGGCGCAGGAUCUGCAGGAUCAGUCGUCGCGAAUCGCCUAAGUGAAAAUGAAAACUGGAAAAUACUUCUCCUCGAAGCAGGAGGAGAUCCGCCCAUCGAAUCAAUGGUACCUGGAUUUCAAUCAGCGCUCGCAAAAACGAAAUACGAUUGGGAAUACUAUAUAGAUCAAUCAGAAAAUUAUAGCAUUCUCACAGGUUAUUGGGCCAGAGGAAAGAUGUUGGGUGGAUCGAGUUCAAUGAACGGAAUGCUUUAUGUGAGAGGAAACGAAGACGAUUACAAUAAUUGGGAAGCACUCGGAAAUCCAACUUGGGGCUAUGCAAACGUCUUGGAAUACUUCAAGAAAUCUGAGCAAAAUCACGAUCCGGAAAUCGCUGACGCUUUCGGAGGAUAUUAUCACUCAAAGGACGGUUUAUUAUCAGUCGAACUGUACAAGAAUAACGACACGUUUAAUCAAGACGUCAUUCAAUCUGCUCAAGAAAUGGGAUUCAAAUUCAUAUUAGACAUUAACGCAAAUGAGCACAUUGGAUUCACAUUCUCGCAAGGAACUCUCAGAUCAGGAGUCCGAGAAAGUACUGCCGCGGCCUUUUUGCGUCCUGCCAUGAAUCGUCCCAAUUUGCACAUCGUCAAACACGCGCACGUCACGAAACUCGAGAUUGAUAGUCAAGGAGUCGUUUCAGGAGUGUCAAUGAAGCUUCGAGGACAAACUGAAUUGAAGGCUUUUGCGAAUAAGGAAGUGAUCUUAAGUGCCGGAGCGAUAAAUUCCCCGCAAAUUCUCAUGUUAUCAGGAAUCGGACCAGCAAAUCAUCUCCAAGAAAUGGAAAUUCCAGUAAUUCAAAGUCUUCAAGUCGGAAAGAACUUGCAGGAUCAUCCUUAUCCUGACGCUGUUGUUGAUCACACACUGAGAGUCAAAGGCGUUAAAGGCUUGCGAGUCAUUGACGCAAGCAUAAUGCCAAGAAUUCCCAGAGGAAACACCAAUGCGCCAACAAUCAUGAUCGGAGAAAAAGGAGCUGAUUUUAUCAAGCAAGACUGGAAAUCUACUUAA